AGAAUCAUUGUUGGUUUCGUAAACGCUUUGGAAAAAUCGGUUUUCAAAGCAUUCUGAUAUUGCAAUGUUAGUUUACAUUUUAAAAUAAAUUUUAAUAAUUAUUUUGUAAUAAAAGCAUUUCGGUCUAUUAGUAUUUGAAUUUGCUGGAAUUUCCAUUGCAGUCAAGAAAUCGGGGUUCUUGCCGCUUGUGUGAUCGAUAAUACCAAAUUGUUUUGUUUAUAAUGGCCGAUGUUGAGGAUUAUUCAAAACUAAAAGUUGUCGAUUUACGUAAAUUAUGCAAAGAAAAAGGUCUAGAUCACUCUGGAAAUAAAGCAGACCUGGUGAACAGGUUACAAGAACGAGCAGCUGAAGAAGAAAUAGGAGACCUUACAGCUGACAUUGGAGGAGACGACGUCACAGACGAUGUGUUAAAUGAUGGGGAGCUUAGUGAUCCAAAUGAUGAUGACCAUGUCAAAGACGGUGAUAAAUCCACCGUAUCAAAUUCCAAUCCAGAACAAGGAAAACCUAAUAAAAAACCAGAGGAAAAAGAACCAACCCAACCGAAAUCAGAAUCAGCUUCUUCAGCAGCAACAAAAUUAGAAGAGAGAGCAAAAAGAUUUGGAGGUUUUGUCUCAGAUGAGGCUAAGAAAGCUCACAGAGCAGCUAGAUUUGGCCAAGCUACAAGUCCCGACGUGCUAAAGCGUCGCGCGGAACGUUUUGGUCAAGUCAAUUCUACUAAAGACUCAGCUAAAUCAGCCAAUACUGAUACAAGUGCCAGCUCCGAAAAACUUCUGGAGAGAGCAAAACGUUUCGGAAUUCAAACUAAAGAGACUAAAGAGGAGCAAUUAAGAAAGAGAUCAGAAAGAUUUGACGUAGAAGCUAUCAAUAAGAAAAAGGCUCGCGCUGAAAGAUUUAAAAUAAAAAGCUAAAUGAAUAACUUUCUGUAUAUUGAUCUUCUUUGUUAUAGAUAGUCUAUGCGUAGUGGUUCAUUUCUCUGCUGUUAAUAAAAUUGUUCUGUCUUCACUAUUUUUUAAAACUAUUGGAGGUU